UUCAAAUUGCAAUUUUAUUCAAAAUACAAAUAUGAACAUGUUUGGUUUUUAUUUUAUUUUUUCCAUUUCUUUAGCAUCGUCAUCUGGUACUACUACAGUUGCAUUGUCUGGCACUGCUGCAACCGAUCUAAAUUGGAGCAGCUACAGGCUUUAUCGCUCCCAGCACCCAGGACCUCUUUCUGAGAGGUCCUUUAACAAAUGGUGCCUUAAUAAUGUAAAUGUUAAUUUUUUCGUCUUUAAUAAAAGCCAGCAUGAAAUAAUGUCAUUGAACAACACCAUUAAAUAUUGCUUCAUCAAAACAGCAACUGCAGUUUGCCAAAAACAGACACCAUGUGACGUAUUUAUGCGAUACAGGAGAACACAAAUAAUAAUUAUGUUUUGUUAUUAAAUAAUAAAGUUUUGUUAAAAAAAAUAUUAUUAAAUAAA